GUGAGCCGGUAGUUUGGCAUUCAAGAACUGCUGAAAGAAAGCAAAAAUGUCUCUCAUUGAAUUACGUACGCACAAGCUCGGCAACUCAACGAUUCCUCACCGAUUGGUGAACUUGAAGCUUAGAGGAAACUUCAGCGAUAGCAUCGUAACGUGACGAUUAACCCUUUGCACUCGAGGCCUUUUUCGCUCGCGCGAACCAGCAACUCGAGACGAUUUCGGCUAAAUUAGAGAAGCAUUUUACAAAUCGAGUUAUAAAACACCGUGGUGCCGUAUCGGCGCCGCUCGAGUGCAAAGGGUUAAGAGAGAAGAGCCGCGAGAUGAAAUUUUUCAAAUAUUGCGUCGCGUCGCCCACGGCUGACAAGUUGCCGAACGUAUUGGACGCCUUCGAAGACGCGGAGCCGCGAACAUCGGAAGUCUACCUCGAUAAAAAUUUGAACGACGUACCUUGUGCUAUGACGAAGGAUUCCACCAACCAUAACGGGAACUGCAGCACCUCUAGAGACACCUCUAGAGACUUUAGAGACAAUUUGGUGUGGUUGAGGAACUGCGAGCAGGAAGUGGUCGAACCGCUCGCCGGCGAGCUCACCGGCAACAUUCCCAAGUGGUUGAAAGGCACUCUGUUGAGAAACGGGUUGGGUAGUCUGAAAGUGGGCGAACACACCUUUCAGCAUCUGUUCGACGGCUCCGCUCUGGUGCACAGGUUUCGGAUCGAGAACGGAGAGGUGACUUAUCAGAGCCGGUUCGUGCAGAGCGACGCGUACAAGGAGAACAAGGCCGCUCAGAGGAUAGUCUUCACCGAGUUCGGCACGAAAUCGAUGCCGGAUCCUUGCCGGAGCAUCUUUCACAGAGUGUCUUCGAUGUUCAGUCAAGAGGAACUGACGGACAACACCAUGGUCUCGGUGUAUCCGUUCGGUGACGAGUUUUACACGAUCACAGAGAUGCCGGUGAUGCACAGGAUCGACCCGACUACUCUGCAAACGAUAAACAAAGUAAAGCUGACAGAUUAUAUUAAUAUCGUGCACCACACCGCGCAUCCUCUCGUGAUGAGCGACGGUACGGUUUACAACAUAGGAAUGGGCAUAAGGCGGCGAAAGCUUCAAUAUAACGUCGUAUGCUUUUAUCCUCGCCGCGAGAUCACCGACAAGGCGGGAAACAAGAAGGAGCUCUCCAUGUUCGAUCAAGCGACGUACGUUGCCAGCAUUCCGUGCAGGCGGCAGCUGAACCCCUCGUAUAUGCAUUCGUUCGGCAUCACCGACAAUUACUUUAUCAUCGUAGUACAACCUCUGACACUCUCCAUAUCUAAGAUGAUGAUAAAACGUCAGCCGCCAGUCAGUUCCCUGAAAUGGCACAAAAAUAAGAGUACGCUGAUUCACGUAAUAUCGCGGGGCACGGGCCGCCUCGUAAGGACCUUCGUUUCGGAGACGUUCUUCUUCUUCCAUAUCAUCAAUCAAUUCGAGACCCGCGACGAACAGUACGUCGUGCUGGAUAUAUGCUGUUACCGGGACUCGAAGCUGAUAGAACAUCUGUACGUCGAAUCGGUGAAGAAUUUAAAGGAGAUUCCCGAUUUGAAGAAACUGUUGGGCGGCAAACCGUUGCGCUUCGUAUUGCCGAUGAAGCGGACGCACGCUGGCAUACCGCCGGAUCACAACCUCAUCACGGUUGAAACGGUGCAUCAGAACCUGGUGAAGCAGUUGGUCCCGAACGUGGUCGAUCACAUCGCGAAUGGGACCAACUGCAAUGUUGUCACCGAUUGCAAGGUCGAUUGUAAAAACGCUCUGCAGAGAAAGCCGACCGCUCAUCGGCUUUCGGACGGUAGUUUCUUCGUGAAGCCGGAGCUCCUCUGCGACCUGUGGUGCGAGAUGCCGCGGAUAAACGACAGCUCUCACCUCGGCAAGGAGUAUCGCUAUUUCUACGCGAUUUCUUAUGACACGGAUUUCAAUAAUGCUACAACAAUCAUCAAGGUGGACACUUAUCAGAAGACCGUUAAAACGUGGCAGGAGGAGGACGUUAUCGCCAACGAACCGAUUUUCGUGGCGAAUCCCAACGGGAAGAACGAGGACGACGGCGUCGUGGUGAGCUCGCUCAUCUGGAUGAAGAACUACGAGAAUCGAGUCGCUUUAUUGAUCUUGGACGCCGCGACAUUCACGGAGAUCGCGAGAGCUACUUUCGAUACACCAGGACCAGUGCCUAAAUGUCUGCACGGUUGGUUCAGCCUGGACAAGCAAAUAUCAGUAGAUACAAUAGAGUGAUCUUAUCGUCGAAAUGAUAGCUCCAUUGUAUCUACUAAUAUCUCCUUUCCAUUCCUACUUCAAUAAAGUCACGUAUCGAUCGCUAUAUAUAAACAAAACCGUCGUCGCUCCUUAAGGACUCCUAAGAGGACAAAAUAUACAGUAUCACAUAUGUUGUUGAAUGCGUAAACGUAAUAAAUUAUUUAAUGUCUUUUUCCUCACGACGUGCGGCGGUAUAUUUACAUUCGACGCGGACGCGCGCGGCGUCGUACACAGUUCUGACGUAAAUAAAUAUACAAUAUAUCUAGCUUGCGAUGAAAAUCUAGUCCUGUGGAAUGUAAAAUAUAUGUAUGCUUCGAACGUAACCGACGACUCUCGCUCGUCAACACGGUGGAGCGUAAUAUGAAAACGACGGUAGCUGCUCUGGGCUUACCGGGCCGAUGCAGGGCCCGCCAACAUCGUCUCUCCCGAUGGCUCAACGAACUUAUUAGAAUAAUAAAUUGCGAUAAUGAUU